AUGGCCAAAUAUCAAGGUGAAGUUCAAAGUUUGAAACUGGAUGAUGAUUCAGUUAUAGAAGGAGUAAGUGACCAGGUACUUGUGGCAGUUGUGGUCAGUUUCGCUUUGAUUGCUACCCUGGUAUAUGCACUUUUCAGAAAUGUACAUCAAAACAUUCACCCAGAAAACCAAGAGCUAGUAAGGGAACUUCGGGAGCAACUUCAAACAGAACAGGAUGUACCUGCUGCUGCUCGACAACAGUUCUACACUGACAUGUACUGUCCAAUCUGUUUACAUCAGGCCUCCUUCCCGGUUGAAACAAACUGUGGACAUCUUUUUUGUGGUACCUGCAUUAUUGCAUACUGGCGAUAUGGUUCAUGGCUUGGGGCCAUCAGUUGUCCAAUUUGCAGACAAACGGUAACUUUACUCCUAACGGUUUUUGGUGAUGAUAAUCAGUCUCAGGACAUCGUGCGAUUGAAGCAAGAUGUUAAUGAUUAUAACCGAAGAUUCUCAGGGCAGCCCAGAUCCAUUAUGGAAAGAAUUAUGGAUCUACCCACUUUACUGAGGCAUGCAUUCAGGGAAAUGUUUUCAGUUGGGGGCCUUUUCUGGAUGUUCCGCAUCAGGAUAAUACUUUGUUUAAUGGGAGCUUUUUUCUAUCUGAUAUCACCUCUAGAUUUUGUACCUGAAGCCUUGUUUGGAAUCUUAGGCUUUCUAGAUGAUUUCUUUGUCAUCUUUUUGUUGCUUAUCUACAUCUCUAUUAUGUAUCGAGAAGUAAUAACACAGAGGCUAAAUCGAUGA